UAACACAACAUCCAACAUGUUUGACUGCACACAGUACUGGAGUGUAUAAAACGAAAGUAUUAUUCAAUUGUGAACGCAGUUUCAACAAAGCGUUCGUGUGCUCAAGACGUAAACGGCAAAAUAGCAAAAAAAGACAAACAAUUGUGGAAAUCUAAAUAAGUUUGUUGUUAUUACUCUAGAAAAUAAAAGGAAAAAUAUAAAAAUUUUGAAAAAUCAGUCACAUAAUGAAAGAAAACAAAAUAAAAAUAAUGUGAAAUUUUCACAGAAAUAAAAAUCGAAAAAGUAAUUCCAUUAAACAAAGAGUUUGACACAAUCACGCAAAAGGGGCAAAGCGAACGGGAGUGGGCGAAAGAAGAAAAUAAACUUUGUUUUCUCCUUUUUGUUUUUUGAAGAAUAAUGGCGAUGUCGUCGCUGAAAUUAUCAACGGGAAACGGAAAAAGUUCAACAUGGAUGAGCAAAAAACGGCAGCAAUUCAGCCAUCCGCAGCAGUACAUCAAACAUCAACAGCUUCUGUACCCAUGCCGAUCCCGACGAAGCCGUUGGUGUACUAAUAAUUUGCCACGUUCAUAUCAUGCGAAAAUUUCCAGUACAUCGUCCUCGUCCUCGUCGCCGUUGUCGUUGGCGUUGAGGAAUAACGGUAGUUGUAACAACAGCAGCCGUCCCAGCUGGUGGUGGCUUAUGUUGCUGGGUACAUUUAUGUCCUUAUUGCCGCUCAACGUAAUGGCCAAUCGCCUCUCCGACACAAAACUCCACGAGAUUUUAUUGGAUAAUAAAGAAAUCAAACUCAGCUGGAUGGUCGAUUGGUAUAAACAAGAAGUCCUCUUCCACCUCCAAAAUGCCUUCAAUGAACAGCAUCGAUGGUUCUAUUUGGGCUUUUCGAAACGUGGUGGCAUUGGGGAUGCCGACAUUUGUUUCUUCGAAAACCAAAAUGGAUUUUUCAAUGUUGUUACGGACACCUACACGAGUUCGGAUGGCAAGUAUGUGCACAAGGACUAUCAGCAGGACUGUGUACUCUUCAAGAUGGAUGAGUCGACGCUGGCGUUCAAGAGGAAGUUUGAUACCUGUGAUCCGUCGGAUUUUCGUUUCCAUGAAGGUACCAUGUACAUUAUGUGGGCAAGAGGUGAAAAUGAAUUGGAAUUGACAGAUUAUCAAUUUCCCUUCCCAAAUGUCUCCUCCCAUGAGUCCGGCAUAAAGAUGAUGCAACUACUGAGGGCCGAUAAAAUUAUAAUACCAGAAACUGACCUGAAACAAGUCGAAAUACGACUCAAUAAAGUGACAGUGCCUGACAAAGAGACCACUUAUUGGUGUCACAUACAAAAGCUCGAUAGUUUCCUGCAACAAAAACAUCAUAUUGUUCAAUUUGAACCGAUCAUUACGACACCGGGUCUUGUCCAUCACAUGGAGGUGUUUCACUGUGAAACCGACUGGGACGUUGAAAUUCCGCUCUACAACGGCGAUUGUCAACAGAUGCCCGAAGAGGCAAAAGUUUGUUCGAAAGUUAUUGCCUUGUGGGCCAUGGGUGCGAGUACAUUCACUUAUCCGCCCGAGACUGGAUUACCCAUUGGCGGCAAAGCAUACAAUCCGUACAUUCGACUCGAGGUGCACUUCAAUAAUCCAGAAUUUGAGAAAGGUCACAUCGAUAGUUCAGGAAUGCACAUUAAAAUGGUUUCAAAACUGAGGCAAUUCGAUGCUGGUGUCAUGGAAUUGGGCCUUGAGUACACGGACAAAAUGGCCAUACCACCGGGCCAAGUGGCAUUUCCGUUGAGCGGCUAUUGCAUUGCCGAAUGCACAGAAUUGGCUUUACCUCCAUCCGGCAUUGUUGUUUUCGGUUCGCAGCUGCACACUCAUCUGCGUGGCGUACGAAUUUUAACACGACAUUUUCGUGGUUCCGAGGAAUUGCGAGAACUAAAUCGUGAUGAUUAUUAUUCACAUCAUUUUCAGGAAAUGCGAAAUUUGCAUUACAAGCCACGAGUUUUACCGGGCGAUGCCUUGGUUACCACCUGCUAUUACAAUACCGUUGGCUAUGAAAAGGCUACACUUGGCGGUUUCUCCAUUAGCGAUGAAAUGUGCGUUAAUUACAUCCACUACUAUCCCGCCACCAAGCUGGAGGUCUGCAAGAGCUCCGUAUCAGAGGAUGCCUUAGAGAAUUAUUUCAUCUAUAUGAAAAAGAAGGAACAUCAGCGCCACAUACAUUUGAAUGGAGCACGUUCGAAGAAUUAUCGCAGCAUCAAGUGGACACAACCACGGGUCGAUCAAUUGUAUACAAUGUACAUAGAGGAGCCACUUAGUAUGCAGUGCAACAAAUCUGAUGGCUUCCGUUUUGAGGGCUACGAAUGGGAGGGUGCACCCAUAACAACGGUCCAAAUCAAAAUCCCAAUGCAAAGAAAAGUGUGCCCUCACUACAAUCCGUUGUGGUUGAAACCACUGGAUAGGGGCGAAUGUGAUUUGCUGGGCGAGUGUAUAUACUAAGGCGUGGUGCGAAUGCUGUUGCGGAUGGAUUGAGGUGGCAGAAGUCGAGACCAAAGGAUACAGAGUUCGAAGUAUGAAUGUAAGCGAAGAGUAUUGGCAAGCUGACACAAUGUGUAUUUUUUUUUUGUUGCAUCCAGGAAGACUUAGAACAACGUAUAUGCACUGCAAUUGAGAAAUGCAGAAAUGAAACAGAAACCAAAAAGUUAUUGAAUUUUAUUUUGGGUAUUAUGUUUAUUUAUUUUUUUCAUAUUACUCUCAAAGAGCAAACACGUUUUUGUAUAACAAAUUCUUUUCGAUUUCAUCGAGAUUAUGUUGACGCUAAGGGUUCACUGGCUUGCAAAAUGAUAGUAGAAUAUUAUUUUCCAUAGAACCUUCAUAUAUAUUUCAAGGAACUUUAUUUGUUUUCA